CAAGAUAGGGUGACGCUACUAUACGUAAUAUAUUUGCACUUGAAGAAAAAUUACCCGUUUCAACAUUUUCACAGCUUUCUUUGAAUCCUUGAUAAUUAUCCCAUCUUCUCGAUACAGUCUCACGGCCCAGCUCAACGACAAUGACUUCAACCCUCUUCAUCGGGAACAAGCGCUACUCAUCCUGGUCGAUGCGGCCCUGGGUGUUGAUGAAAGCACUUAACAUCCCCUUCACAGAGGAGCUACACGUCUUCGCCGCCGGCCUCCGCCAGCCCGCCUUCAAGACCUUCUCCCCCUCAGGCAAAGUGCCAACUCUCCACCACGGCGACGCCGUCAUCUGGGACUCCCUCGCCAUCGCCGAGUACCUCGCAGAAGACCACCCGCCCGUGUGGCCCUCGGACCGCAAGGCCCGCGCCUGGGCCCGCUGCGCCGCCGCCGAGAUGCAUUCCGGCUUUCCCGCCAUCCGCGAUCAGUGCUCCAUGAACGUUGCCCUGCGGAUCGAGCUGGGCGCCCCGGAUGCGGAUUUGCAGCGUGAUCUGGACCGCAUCGACCACCUGUGGACGGAGGGCUUGUCCCGGUUUGGGGGGCCGUGGUUGGCGGGAGAGGGGUUUUCGGCGGUGGAUGCCUUCUUCGCGCCGGUUGCUAGUCGGUUGCUGACGUAUGGGAUUGAGCUGUCGUCUGAGCCGGCUAGGGAGUAUGCUCGGCGCCUGUUGGAGCACCCUGCGGUGGCGCAAUGGAUCGAGGAAGGGAUAAAGGAAACGGCUAGGGAGCCUAUGCACGAAGAGGACUGUGUCCGCGGGCGGAAGGUCUUGAAGGAUAUCUCCAUGAGCUCUUGAAUAGCUUUUGACUUGCGAAUGGGGCGAGUGUGUCAUACAACCAUGGAGUGGAUACAAGAGUCUCGUCCAUUAUCUCGAAUCCUUUUGGAGGGCUCAGCAUGAUGCUCGUGGUUUGCUGGUAAUAUGACCCCAAUAUUGUCGUCUCUCUCAUUAGGCUUACAUGAUCCCACACCCUAAUAAGGAGUUUAAAUACUCGAGACCCCGUAGAUUCUGGCCGUCUCCACUGCCACCAAAACCGUUGUCGUUCGGGGCAAUUGCACAGCUUAGUAGCAUCGGUGGCCGGUAGGAAGGCCAGUAGGCUUAUAGCAUCGAACGAGAAGGUACUUCCCAUUAGGUAGUACACACGGGGCAGGAUGGACCCUAUGGGAUUCGCAACGUUGAGCACCGUAUAUAAACGCUUGAGGAUGGUAUUGGCCGUCGACAGAUUGCCAGAAUAUUCCCGUGGCGGUCCUAGGGAAGAGCGUGACCCGCUA